UACACCCCAACUCAACACUUGCUUCAGGUUCCCCACUCUGAAUCAUGGACAUGGUCCACAUCUCUCUGCUCUUUGUAGCUCUUAUCUUUGAUCUCUAUUUUUUGCUCUCACGUGUAUUUGCCUUACAAGGUACUAUUUCUGUACAUUCAGGCAUGUGAGUAACACAUUUACCAACAAUUUGCAAGAGUAUUUCUUACAGUGGUUGAAACCACCUUGCUUCUGUUUUGAAGAACCGACUCUCCCAUGCUUCUCUGUUUUGGCAAGUUACACUGAACCUAGGAGGAAGAGUUUAAAAUCAAGAUAGAACAGCCCUUUAUCUUUUCUAGGCAAUGCUAUGGAUGCUCUGUUACUAUAGGGAUGUUUCUGAGGAUAUUGUGUUUUGAUGUACCUGCUACAGCAUCCUACCAAAAUGAACGCUCAAGCAUUUUUUAUUUUUCCUGUACCGUUAAUGGUUUAUAUACUUGUUCUUCAAGUUUUUGGUGAUUGCAUGCGAGCAAAUAAGGCUUUGGAUGAAUCUGCUGAUUUUCCACGCAAAAGUCAAUACUCUGGAUCCAAAGUGGAUAGCCUCAUCAAUGGAACGCUUGGUGAUUGUAUUCUCCUUGAUCUGGAGUACAGGAACCCAGCAAUCCACAUUCACAACGUGAUUUGGAAGAAAGGCAAAGCCUUGAUUGGGAUGAUGAUCAAUGGUCAGAAUGAAGGAAACUGUACAAUCCAUAGCAAAAGAUGUUUUAUCUAUAACAAUGGCACCUUGAGCUUGUGUCCCACUCAGUUGGACGAUAUUGGGCAUUAUACAGUGACAGCAUAUACUGAGGAUGGACGCAUUCAAUACAGUAACGGAAAGGAACUGCUGCUUACACAAUCCAAACUGCAGCUUAGUCUCACCAAAGGAACACUUGGUGAUUGUAUGCUCCUUGAGAUGAAGAUCACGAAACAAGCCAUCCACCUUCAUGAUGUGAUUUGGAAGAAGGGCAAUAUCACAAUAGGAAAGGUGGACGGCCAGAAUAUUACAACUUGCAUAGAUGACAGCAAGAGAUGUCUUAUACUUAACAAUGGCAGCUUGAGCUUGUGUCCCACUCAUGUGCAGGAUAUCGGACAGUACACAGCAGAAGUGUUUACCAAGGAUGGUGUGUAUCAGUACAGUCACACAAUUCAACUGGAACUUACACAACCUAAUCCACAGAAGACAAUACGUUUGCCUCAUUUAAUCUUCUUCAUCUUAGAAGGAGCUCUUGUUGCAGCGUUUCUCGUUAUAUUGGGCUCAUGUAUAUAUCAUUUUGGAAAAUGGAAGAGGAAGCCAGUUCUCUGGAAAACAAGAAGACAACGCCGUGCAAGCUGGAGAAAGAAUGUGGCUGACUAUGCAGUAGUUUAUAGGAGAAAGCAAGACCAAUCAACUGCAAGUCCAGAGUUACAGAAACCACAGGCUAUAGAAACCACAGUAGAAGGUCAAGGGUUUUCGAUUGGGAAUGAAAAAGAGACUGCAACAGCAGCAGCUCCCAACACAGAAAACCCCAUGCUUUUAAAUAUCUCUACUUUUCAAGAGAAAGAAAACGCUUUACCACCAGCACUGUGUAUGAAUGUCAGGAGUUGUAGUGCUAGUCUACUGAGGAGUGACAGCUCUGUUUGCUGGGAUGGCGGCUGUGUUCUUCCAGAUCUUGUGGACUGUGUUCUGUGAGAGGUUUGAUGAUGCAAUUGAAUUAAGAGAACAAAUAUGCAUUUCUUCCAGUGACCCAGCCCACAUGUAUGAUGGGAAAAGAGACAAUGGAAUUCUGAAAUCAUCUGAGACCCAGUUCUAUUUAACAUGCUAUCUCAUUUGUCAGAAGAUGCAGUUCAUUUAGUAGCUAGGCAGAAGCUUUCAAAGUGCACUUAUGUAAAAAAAUAAACCUAAUUACUAAUUUUAAUCUCGCAAAUAUGAAACAAUAAAAGGCCAUUUUACCUCUUCAUCAUGAUGAGAAACUGCUCUUUCAGCAAAUUGUCAUUACAUUGCUAGCAAAUGGGGUGAGUUUUAUGUAUAGAUACAAUAAUAUGUAGUAAUUUGUUAAGACCUAACUGUACUGUAUUGUUCUGAUUAAAAUAAGCAAUGUUUAAUUUGUAUUGUGUAUCAUCCAACUUUCCCUCUUGCAUUGUCCCUGAUCAUUAAUUAUCCUUGUCUAUGUAUAUUGCAGAUGCAUUAUUAAAAUUGCUGUUGGUAUGAGUUUCUAGACUUGUCAUUCUUCAGGUUUCUAUAGUCUUUUAAUCCAAGAUUAUAGAAGCUCAAGCUAUGCUUUUGCAAUGGGACUGGAGUGGAUAUAUCUUCCAUAUAUAUAAUGGCAUAUGAACAACUUUUAUUGUAAUUUAGUUACUAAAAGUGUAUGCAUUGAAAAGGAAAAGUUGAUUUUCUAAAAAAAAGCAAACCCUGCUGACUUGUUCACAGCAAACGUUUCAGCCCAAAUUGAAAAUAGAUCUGUAUAUGACUGGUUUUUACUCUGCUUCCUGCCUAAACCACGACUAAACACACAUCCCCUUGCUAGGUACUAAACCUGUAAGUAUAAAGUGUUUCAGAAUCAUUCAUUAAUGACCAAGAUAUAGAACUGUGGUUGCAGACUGUGGUCUUAGGCCGCCUUUGACCAUAUAAAUAGUCACACUGAACGUAAAAGCUGCUAACUUGCCUGUCAGAUCUGCAUCAGUUCAAAAGCUAGGUGAACCAAAAUAACCGCCAUCUUGAAACUGUAAAUGUUGCCCUUGGAAAUCUAGUUUGAGCCUUCUUGCCUUUCUGGAUGGUGAUGCCAAAAGAUUGCGCUUCUUAGCUUUCAACCCCUGAUUUGUUACCCAGUACUUUGUGUGAACUUUUACACUUUUUAAGUAGUUCAUCGUAAUUCAUGGUUAAUGCUAGCUAACCCCAGUUACUUGGGAAUAAGACCCAUUAAACUCGAUAGAGCUUGUGUCAGAGUAGAAAUGGUUAGGAUUGUAGCAUAAGUCAUUAGGAAACAGAUAAUUUAUGUUUCUUUGAUUUUCCUAUAAGUCCGAAU